UUGACUCUGCUAGACAACCUAUUUAUUACAAUUAUGAGGUGUAUUAUAAGUUAUUGAAUUGAUUAAAUAGUUCUCCAAAAUUUUAUUUACCAUUAUCAACUAUUAAAUAAAAAAAUAUAAAACCAAAAAAUAAGUAAAAUAAAAAUAAAUAAAUUAAAAAUAAGUAAAAUAAAAAUAAAUAAAUUAAAAAUAAGUAUAAUUUUAAUCUACUCUACAAAAUAAACAUUCACCAUUAUUACGUUCCUAAACUGUAUACAUAAAACGAAUAAACUCUUGACAGCAAAAUUCGAAAACAUUUCACAAUGUAAAAGUUGCACUUGCGCGGUUACACGUCGGAAAGCUUCGAUUUUUACAGCAUGCGCAUUGCGUCUGUUAGUGGUCACAUGCGCUGACGUGCAGUCGAAAUGUCUGACUCCUCAUUGAAAAAUCAAAAGCACCCUGACAAUUAGACAAAAAACGAAAGAGUUGAAUAGGAGUAAAGAAACAGUUGCCGUUGCUGACAAUGAAAGUCGAUAAUUCGUAAAGAAAAAUGGGACCCGACGUAGAAAUGAAUCAACCGUUAAUGAUAACAGUAUCAAAGAAAAAGAAAGUAAAAAGAAAAUCAAUCCUAAGUCGUUUUAGUUUCUUCGCGUGUAUGAAUCUGUGUAUGAUACUGGCCUUUUUUACCUCAAGCUUGGGCGGAUCUAAGGGAAUCGUCGAUGGAAACUUUGUGAUAUGGUACAUGACAGUGCCGCUGCUGUAUCUGGAGGCUGGACUGCGCUGCGGUCACAAGGCCUUCUUCUCCGUCCUGCGCGAUGGUUACUUGAUCUCCUUUUUAAUGUUCUUCAUUUACAUCUUGAUCCCAGCCUUGGCUAAGCUCAGCACCUACUGUCUCGGCAACGCGGGCGUUAACGCUCGGUUGCUCAGCGGAAUCGAAGUAUUGCACUGCUUACCUCCGCCGUUUAGUACAAGUCUAGCUUUAAGCAGAAUAUCCCAAGCGGACAUUCCCACCAGCGUUGUCACAAUUCUGACGUGCCACAUCGGAGGACUGCUCAUGUCCCCGAUAUCGCUGUACAUACUGCUAGGGGCAUCGGUGCCACCUCUGGCCGAGAUCGAUCUGCGCGAGAUCGCCUACAGCGCUCUGGUGCCCCUGGCUAUCGGCGUGUCCGUGCGCUGGAUUUGGCCCAAAGCCGACGACCCGGACAGACGGACGGACUGGCUGGCGAGAGCGCUGCUUCUGAUCACGGCCUACAAUCUGUUCUGCGACGCGUUCACCGUCGACGCCGCAUCGCUCUGUGCGAUCGACAUUCUGCUUUGCGUCCUCAUCGCUUUCGUCGGUCAAAUCCUGAUGACGUGCGUCUGCUGGACACUCUGCAGCGGCUGGCUGGCGCAUGACGUCGUGUUGGCGUCGGUCUUCACUUGCACUCACAAGAGCAUCGGCUUCGGUGGUUGGCUGAUGCGCACGGCCUUUCGAAACACCCUUCACGUUAAGGCGGUUCACCUACCCCUCGCUAUUUUGACCGUGGCUCAGUUGCUGUUGGGCAGUCUGAUGGCGGGUUGGCUGCGGCACAUCUAAUGCGGCAGCGCGAUGCUUUUUCAAUUCACAUUGUCUUUCAUUGCUGUCUCUCCAUUGCCAUCUCGCUUUCGACUGAUUCUCCAUUUUCGCGCAAUUUUUUUAUUUUUC